AUGCUCCAUGCCUCUUUGCGACGGCCUCAAGUCCUUCUUGCAAAGCGACACAGCUGGCGGGCCUCUUCUUUCUUCUUCUGCUCCUCCCGCUCGCGGUUCGAGCUCUCGUCCUUCCGAGACAGCCUUGCACGUCUACCGCCCCGACGCCUUCUUAACGAAGGCCUCGAGGUUGCCUGGCGCGUUCUCAACGUUGCAGAGCAUUUCCUCACUAAAACACCUCACGAUUCCCCAGCUAGUCCUCCACCUUUGUCACCUACUGUGAGGAAAUAUGCAUGUCACAUGAUGAGAUUUAAUGAGCUCCUUCCACAUUAA